AAUUGCGCUUUUUUUUUACAAACGGAAAAAGAGAAUUGACUGACAAUUUUAUUGUCUUUACCAUCCAUCAUGCCAGUCUACAACGCUUGUGUCGGUAAGCGGCCGCCAAGAAGCCUGCUUAUUCGGUGGGCUUUGCUUGCCACGUUUUGCUUUCAAUGGACAAACGUCCAAGGAACCCAUCACGAUCAUUCGGCUACACCAAGAGAUCCGGCUUGGCUCUUGGGGGUGAACCUCGACGACAUACCCAACGCGCCUAUCAGACCUGUGGGAUCCGGUGUAUGCCCAGAUGCAAAGUGUGACGGCACAGAUAAUGAAAAAUGUUUCGAAAACUGUGCAGCCGUGGCCUCCGCGUCGGAUGUCUAUGGGUGUCCUCGCGACCGUCAUUGGGCAUUGACGUUUGAUGACGGUCCCAGUGCUCUGACCGCUUCCUUGUUGGAUGUUCUCGAUGAGUAUCAGGUCAAGGCCACCUUUUGUGUUCUCGGAGCCCAAGUCGAGAAAUUUCCCCAUCUUGUCAAACGCGCUUUCCUUGCAGGCCAUCAAAUUGCCUCGCACACCUACUCGCACCCUCAUCUCAUGAGUUUGACCAACGAGGAAAUCGUCUACGAAAUGAAAGCCACUGAAAAGGCCAUUGAAGCCGCCACCGGCAGCCGACCUCGGUACAUGCGUCCACCUUACGGGGAAGCCGAUGCACGCGUCAAGGCCAUCAUGCGCGCUCUGGGCUAUAAAAUGCUCCUGUGGAACGUGGAUCCCACCGAUUACAAGAUUCACAGAGAACCAGACGCCCCGGAACUCAUUGAAGAAGUCUUUUACGACAUUAUCUCGGGCAAGUCCCCCAGUCCCAACCCCCAUGAUGAUGAAGGAUUUAUCAGUCUCCAACAUGGUCAGUGCUUAUUUAUUUUUCGUUGCUAUGUUCGCUCUUGUGGUGUCUUGAAAGACUAAAAAUGGA